CGACUAGAAACACCAUCAUAAGGCAUCAUCUAUGCUUUCUGUUUAUCUGAACAUAAAUAUUUUAUUACUGCGUAUGUUACUAUUUAUUUUACACGACUGAUUUAAAUACAUUUUAUUAAUGGUUAAAUAUCUAAUUUUAUGUCACUAAUGAUAAAUGGCGAGUAGAUUUCCACACGGUAUACGUUUGUUGUUGUACACUGGCACAGCAUGCAGCGUGUGUCCUUCUGAGUGGACAUACAGAAAUACAUUUGAUGGAAGGUCCCAUUGAGAUACAAGAUCUCUUCUUCCAUGGAGUCCUGGUCAAGAUGGCUGCACCAACAAUUUCACAUAAAAAACCACAAUUACACAUUUUAAACAACAAAUAGUACAUAAAAAUAGUAAAAAAAAAAAAAAACAGUAAUACAAGCCAUACUAUUCAAAGAUUAUGAAAAACAGCAACAUGAUUACUUAAGUGCAGAUUUUAAAAGAUUUUUAAAACAUUUAAAGAGGUAAGUGAUUCUAGAGUAACGGUAACUUGCAGAUCAUUCCAUACCAUGGCGCGUAAAAAGAGAAAGCAGUCAGCCAAUAACCGUGUUUGCUUGGCCGAUUAACAGAAGUGUUUACUUUCCCUUGCGAUAGACCAACAUAUCGGCCAAUAUUUGGCCAUUAUCUUUUAUCUUGGACAAUAAUGGUCAAAGUUUGACAGCUAGCCCCAGUCUCCCAUAUAUUGUAAUUUUAUAGUAUCUAAUAGACACUUCUGCUUUUUACCUCAGGCAACCGCGACUUUUGACAUGAUGUACUGAUACUAUGGUACACACCUGUGUUUUGGUGUUUGGCUUAAAUUCCAAAAGACAUCCUUCAUGAUGUUUCAAAGGUUGUGUUCACUGGCCGUGCAAUGGAAAAGCACCUCUGCUCCAGUACAGACCGUUUACAAAAGGCACCAGGGCAAAUUGAGGUUACUGGACCUCAUCGGCAGACCCAUCAGCACCAGUUGGAGAACCAGAAAAGAUGGAGCAGAAAGCAUUCCUGCUGAAAAGCUUGACUUGGACAUUUGGAAAUCGGUGAUGAAAUCUCAAGCCAUGCAUGCAGAGAGGAAAGGUGAGGAGAAUUUGACCCCAAAUCCUGAAACGGAGCCAUCUCUACUGGAGGCCAAUCGCGAGCUGGUUGAGAUGUGGCAUCAAGCGGGGAAGUUUGUUCCAAAGAACAUCACGGAUGAACAGCUGGAAGUUCUCUCCGGAUUGACUACAAAGUCUGGCAAAAAGAAGUUCUUGAAGUAUCUGGCCAUCAAGGAAGGACACAAGAUUUCCAAGAAGGAGAAGCAGGAAAAGAAGAAAUCUGAGCGGAAUCUGGAAGCAGACAUGGAAUCAGAUAGAGAUGAAGGAGAUUCUCUGAAGAACACUUUCAUGUUGAAGUUCUGGAGUCAUUCCAUGGAUAAGCUCCUGAACUGGCGGGUGGCGCAGGCCAUGCGCUUCGGUCAACCACUGGUAUACGAUAUGAGCUAUGAGCAGCACAUGUCGCAGCGAGAGAUCGAAAACACAGUUUCGCAGUUGCUGGAGACCGAGGGCUGGAACCGACGUUCCGUUGACCCAUUUCACCUGCACUUCUGCAACCUGCAGCAUAAUGGGGCAUAUUUCCGUGAGCUCCUCAAACGCUAUGGGACUGAGACCUGGGAACGUAUGCUGAUCACGACCACCGCUCGCCGACAUGUAGACGUGUUUCCUCUUGAAAGCCUUGUCUACCUAACGGCCGAUUCGCCAAACGUCCUGCAUAAGUUUGAUCACAGUAAAGUGUAUGUAGUGGGUGCGAUGGUGGACCGCUCCAUACAUUCAGGCAUUUCAUUGGCCAAUGCGAAACGCCUCAGGCUCGCCACAGCCCGCCUUCCUCUUGACGAAUACCUGGACUGGGACUCGGGUGCAAAGAAUCUGACACUAGACCAGAUGAUCCGCAUAUUGACCACGGUUAAAGAGACCGGAAUUUGGCAGAAAGCACUCGAGUUUGUACCUAAGAGGAAACACAGCGGCUUCCACCAGCAGAGAGACAAUAGAACUGAAACUAAAUCCAGGAUGCUCGUGGACCAAGAGGAAAACUGGGAGAAGGAAAGUAAACGCAGAACUCAAAAAAGUCAUGAUAUUAGUCAGGAAUCUGCUUUUCCUGGUGAGAUCCAUUUGCCCAGCAGAGUUCAGAAUGCGCUGAAAAUCAAAUCAGAUGGUCAGAGAAUAGGCCGAGACCAGAGGAACUGGUGGGAGGACAAAUAGUACUGUGUUUUACAUAAUUGAUAGUCUAAACAAUUAUUGCUAUUCCAGUUGUGUUCAGUGUAAGUAAAUAAUGUGUACAGAUGCCUGUGUAUGUAACAACAGUACAGAGUCUGUAGAGAACAGGCUAGGAAUUAUUUUAUGAAAUAGUUUUGCAUUCCCUCACAAUAAAUUUACAGGGUUCCCACAGACAUGGAAAACCUGGAAAUAUCAGGUAAUUUUAAAAUUGUGAUUUCCAGGCCUGGAAAUGUCAUGGAAAUUAAUUAAAUAUUUUUUUGUUUUGUUUUGUUUAUAGUUAAUAUAUUUGUAUUUAUUAUGCUGUGUCCUAAAAUAUUUAAUCGGGGUGUUAUGUUGCACUGGAUUAAAAACACACAGUGAAGAGUUCAAAAUAUAUCAUGUUAUUUAGAGUACCUGACCAAUUAGAGACAUCGAUGUGCCGCUAAUCCCUGCCCAUUUUAGGAUUCACGCAAUGUGUUCCUAUGGAUUAAAUUUAAAAUUAAAUGUUUUAAACUUUUAUCAAACAAUGGUGUGUGUUUUUUGUGUGUGUGUGUUUUUUUUUUUUUUGUUUUUACAAACUUGCGAUUGUGAUUUCGAUGCCAUUUUCUGAAUGAAAAGCUAAAUGUUUGAGCAUGGAUUAUUAGCUUUGAAGUCAUGGAAAUUCACUGGUUGAAGAGUGGGAACCCUGAAUUUUAC